AUGGACCGUUGUGAUCAAGCUGAUGAAUGUGGCUCACAUGAUUCGCUUCCCGUGACCGACUUGACAGGUCUGCGUAAUGAGAGGGUCCCGGUAGUGACACAAGACUCUGGAGCCGAUGGCAACACUAGAGGCAGGUCAGUAUCUACACUAUCAAUCAUGCAAGCCCCUUCUGUUUCUCUUCAGGAAAGGCUAAUGCCUUUAAGGAGAGCUGGUGAUGAUAUAAAGGAUCCGGACUAUGAUCGCCCUGUUGCUUCAACACUGGAAGUCCCAUCAGCGUCGAUGACACAAGGAGGCGAGCUUCCAAACCACAGGAGUUGGUGGCCUCUGACAGCGAGUCACUAUGUGACACCAGCGCAGAACCAAUUAGACGAAACCUGGGAUUUUGCAGAGUUAGGCUCACAAUUCUCCAAUUUAGCCUACUCGGAAAUCUACCCUCAGUCUCUGUCAGGUUUCGUUGGUGACCAGGAUUAUGACCAAGUCAAAUCGAGCUCAGAAGCCCUUACGUCGCUUGUCAAUGCGGCGUCUACAAAAUUAGAGGAGACACCUUUGCCAAACAGCAGCAACAAUAUCUUGACCUAUACUCAUGGAUAUGAUCCUACUCAGCAGAGCCAGAUACAUUUGGGGCCCUGGCAGCGGGAAAUGCCAGCCCUUGAUCCACAUCCAAAUGCACAGAAUCCAAAAGCAUUGCAAUCUCAUGAAGUGCGAAGGCCAGCCAAACCAAGAAAGGCGCGUAAGCUUGCACCUUUGACAACGAAAGAGCGGGAUAAGAGGGCACAUGCACCUUCAGUCAUUAACCACGACUCUCAGUGCGCACAUUUCGAAUACGUAGAAUUGGAGCACUCCCCGGCCAGAAGUAUGUUGAUUGAAAAGUCGCCACUUGAAGAUGUCAAGGAUGCUGCUGGCGGCGCCGGUGCUCGAAGCGUUUGGCAAUAUGAAACGGAGGCCUUAGGACCAAACGCUUCGCCGACACCACAGGAGUUGUUUUUUGCUAAUCCUUUCACAGCACCUUACGAGCUAGACAAAGACAAAGAAAUUGGCAUCGUAGUCUACGUACCUUUGUUGAGGACAAUACCCAUUUCUGUGCAGUAUUUCUUGAGCGUGAGUGCAAACAAAGGAGCCUUGCACCAAAGCGCUCUCUUUCCCGAGACAAAUCCCCUUCGGAAGACGGCGGCCAAAAGAAAAGAAAACAAGGCGAUCAACGGUCAUCAGCUCCUGAACAAGCCACCAAAAGACUUGAUUGCCCGUUUCACAAAUACAAUCCCUUCUUUUAUCGCAUCAACAACAUCACGGGAAACAAUUACAGAUGUUGAGCCAACUAUAGACUCAUCGGAUGUCGCGCAGGUCAGCCUUGAGCAAUAUAUUCGUGCAGGACUCCCUCGAUUAGUCGAAGCUUCGCUCCGGCCUUUGCUGGACCAGUUCACGCAGGAACAAUACCAACUAGAUAUUGAGCAGAAAAUAGCCGAGUGCAUCGACAUGAUGGUUCAAGAAUACCACAGCACCUUUAAUUCUGAUCCUUUGGGCGCACCUGAGCUUGACAAUCCGACUCAAGAACCUCACAACACCUUCAACCCUGACCCAUUGGGCGCACCUGAGUUUAACAAUCUGACUCAAGCAGUCGAACCUUACCAUAAUGUGCCCUUCAAUCCCGACGAAGGAGCACCCAGUAUGCCGCAAUUUCUCGAGAAUCACAGCGCACGCGACGCUGGGACUGACAUCACGUCACCAACCAAUGUCAUCAAUACCCCGUACGAUCUCCCACCCAUGGACGAACAGAAACCUUGUUUGUGCUUGUGCCACAACGUAUUAAAACAAGUUGCAUGCUGGUUGUGCUGUGAGCCGGUCGCAAAUAGCGCCCCUUUCGAGUUUGGAGAUUAA